UUGGACGAAUACACAAAAACUAACAUUUUUGACCCGAAUCUUUUACAUAUAACAUACAGAUUUAUCGGAGAUGAUAAAGAUUAUUAUUUGUUGCGUUUUCACCAAAAAGAAAGUUAUAAUAAUUACUUAUUUCCACAGCCCCAAAAAACAGAUCAAACCAAAUUUGAACAAUUUUAUCUUCUUUUAGAAUUAGAAUGGGAUGAUAUAACAUGGGUUUCCGAUUCAAAUCCAAUCCCAACAUUUUAUGAACUUUUGCAAUAUUGGCUUGAAAACCUUGGUGAUACACAUUUUGUUGAUCCAUCACUUGAAGAAUUAAGUAAAUCGUCGCUUGAAUUCAGUCAAUUAGUUGAUGAUGUAUCAAAGAGUUAUAUAAGUGAGAACUCACAACAAAAUAAUCAAAACCCAAACGUUGAAGAAGAAGAAAUAAAUGAUGAGGUAACUGAUUUCGAUAAUCUCAUUUCAAGUCCUAUUAAACCAAAUAAACCCAAAAUAGAAAUACCAAAAGAGGAUGAAGAAAAGAAAGCAGAAGAAGAUGAAAAUGGAGGAGGAAACGUUACUGAAAUGUCGUUUGAGGAAUUUAAUGGGUCAGAUGAUGAAUGA